AUGGUGUCUCACUGCUCUGAAGCCCUGCCUCCGACCAUCGUGGCCCCCCUGCUGAGCCCCCAGUGUAUCCGUCUCCUGAGCGAGGAGGCGUCCACAGAGGAGGAUCAGCUGUGGCAGUCUCUGGGUGACGCCUGGAACAUCCCCAGCACUCAAUGGCCAGAAGAUGACGAGGACAUCCCAACCUACACCCUGGAGUUCUCAGAUGGCUGGCAGCCCCCUCAACUUACAGCGACCCCACCGCCGAGCCACCCUGCAAGUAGACAGCCGAGUCCACAACCUGCACUGAGUCCACGACCUGCACCGAGUCCAAGACCUGCACCGAGUCCAAGACCUGCACCGAGCCAAAAACAUUUGCAACCAGCAGAACACAGCGUAAAUCAACAGCCUCCUGCCAAGUGGAAGCCACCUCCACAUCCACAGAAAACACGCUCAAAUGAGAUGAAACCUCAGCCCAUACGAGUGAAGACAGACUUCAUUUCAAGGAACCACAGGGAGAUCACCGUCCAGAGAGGAGAAGUGGUCGAGCUGUUGGAUAAGUCCAAGCAGUGGUGGAAGGUGAGGAACAGCAGCGGCGAGGAGGGAUACGUUCCUAACAACGUCCUGGAAGCUGCUGAUAAGCCGCCACCCGACAUGCAAACUGAAGUGAUUCCAGUCUUAACGAGGAGAUCCAAACCACCAGAAGUGAAAGCCUGGCUAGAGGACAAGGGAUUCAGCCAAAUCACUGUGCGCUGUCUGGGCGUCCUGAGUGGCCCUUUGCUGCUGGGAAUGAGCAGAGAGGAGCUGAAGAUGGUGUGUCCAGAGGAGGGAGGACGAGUCUUCUUCCAGUUACAGGCAGUCAAGUCCUCCUUAACGGAUGGCUAAGAGACGCCAACAA